UAAUCUAUCCAUCAUCAUUCAUCAACCAAUGUAUAUAUGUGAAGUUUUGUAGUGAUGUGCCGUGCAGAGCUCUCUUCCAUAUUUCAUCGACGGCAGCUUGGAGAGAGCUGCAAGCAUCUCCAAUAAAAUAUUUAUUGGUGUUGUCUAUGCCAUAUCCAAUUGACAGAUAGUUUUUUUUACAAAUUUUUUUUUAGUAAUGCUGUAUAAACUUCAACGCCUUCCAAAUUUUUUUGCUUCAGUUCUGCUCUUGGUCCAGUAGUUUUUUGACUCUUUUUUUUUUUUUUUUUUUUUUUUUUUCCUGGGGUUUGACAAGCUACAACUAGUAUAGUUCGGGGAGUUUUUGGAUAUUUUUCAUUCCAACCAUGUCUUGUUUCCUUUUCCUCUGUUUCUUCUGUUUCCUCGCACUGCAAAUCCAAAGAGUAAAAACAUUGCAUAUUCUUUUUGAAUAGUUAGAGCGUCUGCUGUGCUUUGUCACGUAGGGAGCACAAACCUCUAUCGGACACACAGAGGUUAUAUAUUAAAAAAGUUAACUAGCUUUGUGAUGUGCCUUCAGUAGUGAACAUCAAUCUUUGGGUGAGGACCGAAAAUGGGUUUUAAGCCACUAAUUUGGUACUGUAAACCGGAAUCUAACGAGGUUUGGGCCCGUGUAAUAGAUAGUUCUUUUGGAACAUACACACCUUGUGCAGUUGACUCUCUGGUGAACAACAUUUCUCAUUUGGUUCUUCUGGGCCUGUGCUUCUACCGAGCAUGGCUGAUCAAGAAGAAUUCCAAAGCACAGAGGUUUCUUCUGAGGUCAAAUUACUACAACUACAUGUUGGGUAUUUUGGCCGCUUUUUGCACUGCUGAGCCGUUACUAAGGUUGGUGAUGGGUAUUUCAAUUUUCAACCUGGAAGAACAGACUACUUUUGCUCCAUUUGAGAUAGUUUCUUUGAUCAUCGAGGCUCUUGCUUGGUGCUCCAUGCUGGUCUUGAUUGGAUUGGAGACGAAAAUAUACAUCCGGGAAUUCCGGUGGUAUGUGCGGUUUGGAGUUCUUUAUGUUUUGGCAGCAGAUGCUGUGGUCCUCAAUCUCAUUGUUUCCUUGACGGAUUACUACAGUAGAUAUGUACUUUAUCUGUAUACAUGUACAGUUCUUUGUCAGGUUUUAUUUGGAAUUCUUCUUGUUGUUUAUGUUCCAAAUUUGGAUCCAUAUCCGGGUUACAUCAUGGUGCAAUCUGAGUCUCUUAACAAUGAAUAUGAAGCAUUACCUGGUGGAGAGCAAAUUUGUCCUGAGAGGCACGUUCAUAUAUUUUCCAAAAUAUUUUUUGGAUGGAUGACUCCACUGAUGCAGCAAGGCUAUAAAAGACCUAUCACUGAAAAGGAUGUAUGGAAGUUGGACUCAUGGGACCAAACAGAGACACUGAUUAAAAAGUUCCAAGGGUGUUGGAUUGAGGAAUCUAAAAGUUCCAAGCCAUGGCUUUUGAGAGCAUUAAAUCAUAGUCUUGGGGCGAGGUUUUGGUUGGGAGCCAUUUUUAAGAUUGCAUAUGAUCUUUCUCAGUUUGCGGGGCCUGUUCUCUUGAACCAUCUCUUAAAGUCAAUGCAACAAGGAGAUCCAGCUUGGAUUGGCUACAUCUAUUCCUUCUUAAUUUUCUGUGGAGUGUUUUUUGGCGUGCUGUGCGAAUCUCAUUAUUUCCAGAAUGUUAUGCGUGUUGGGUUUCGGCUAAGAUCAACUCUGGUGGCUGCUAUAUUUCAAAAAUCUUUACGACUGACUCAUGAGAGUCGCAAGAAGUUUCAGUCUGGGAAGAUUACAAAUAUGAUUACAACAGAUGCUAAUGCACUUCAGCAAGUAUGCCAACAACUUCAUGGAUUAUGGUCAGCUCCCUUUCGUAUUACCAUCUCUGUAGUUCUUCUCUACCAGCAAUUGGGUGUUGCAUCACUUUUUGGAUCUCUUAUUCUAGUUCUCAUGCUCCCUGUACAGACAAUUGUGAUAAGCAAAAUGAGAAAACUGACAAAGGAAGGACUGCAGCAGACAGAUAAGAGAGUUAGCCUCAUGAAUGAAAUUUUGGCAGCCAUGGAUACAGUGAAAUGUUAUGCAUGGGAAACAAGCUUCCGGUCUCGAAUUCAAAGUAUACGGGAUAAUGAGCUGUCAUGGUUCCGCAAAGCACAACUACUAUCUGCUUUUAACAGUUUCAUCCUAAACAGCAUCCCAGUUGUUGUCACAGUGAUCUCAUUCGGGAUGUUCACAUUGCUUGGUGGGGAUUUGACACCUGCAAGGGCAUUCACGUCUCUUUCUCUGUUUUCAGUACUGAGACAUCCAUUAAACAUGUUACCUAACAUAUUAAGUCAGGUUGUAAAUGCAAAUGUAUCAUUACAUCGUUUGGAGGAACUAUUCUUAGCUGAAGAGAGAAUUCUGGAACCAAAUCCACCUAUUGAACCAGGGCUUCCAGCCAUCUCAAUUACGAAUGGAUACUUUUCAUGGAAUCCUAAGGAAGAUAAACCCACAUUAUCAAGUAUUAAUUUGGCUAUACCAAUAGGAAGCUUAGUUGCAGUUGUUGGUGGAACUGGAGAAGGGAAGACAACACUUAUAUCUGCAAUGCUUGGCGAGCUGCCUCCCAUUGCAGAUUCAAGUGUUACAAUCCGAGGGACUGUUGCUUAUGUGCCUCAAAUUUCAUGGAUUUUCAAUGUAACUGUUCGUGAAAAUAUACUGUUUGGAUCUGAACUUGAAUCUGCACGAUAUUGGAAGGCUAUUGAUGUAACUGAGUUACAGCAUGAUCUAGAUUUACUUCCAGGUCGUGAUCUCACAGAGAUCGGAGAGCGAGGGGUGAACAUCAGUGGUGGACAAAAACAGAGAGUCUCCAUGGCUCGAGCUGUGUAUUCAAAUUCAGAUGUAUACAUAUUUGAUGACCCUUUAAGUGCUCUAGAUGCUCAUGUUGCUCGGCAGGUUUUUAACAACUGCAUCAAGCAAGAAUUGCAAGGAAAGACCAGGGUGCUUGUCACAAACCAGCUACAUUUUCUUCCUCAGGUGGAUAGGAUUAUCCUAGUCUGUGAUGGUAUGGUCAAAGAGGAUGGAACCUUUGACGAGCUGUCCAAAAAUAGUAUGUUAUUCCAGAAACUAAUGGAAAAUGCAGGGAAAAUGGAAGAACAAUCAAAGGAAGAUGUUGACAGUGAGAAUUAUUCCCAGAAAAUUUCAGUACCUGCUUCUAAUGGAGUUGCAGAUGACUUUGUUAAAAAUGGAAGCUAUUCAAAGAAAGGGAAUGGGGGAAAGUCUGUACUAAUAAAGCAAGAGGAACGGGAAACAGGCAUUGUCAGUUGGAAUGUAUUGACAAGGUACAAAAAUGCAUUAGGAGGCGUAUGGGUCGUAGUGAUUCUUAUUAUAUUCUAUGUAUUGACAGAAGUUCUUCGAAUUUCAAGCAGUACUUGGUUAAGUUUUUGGACAGAUCAGAGCACUUCAGAGAGUUAUAGACCAGGAUUCUACAUUCUCAUAUAUACACUUUUUUCAUCUGGCCAGGUGUCCGUGACAUUGGCAAAUUCUUAUUGGUUAAUCAUGUCAAGUCUUCAUGCAGCUAAAAGAUUGCAUGAUACCAUGCUACAUUCGAUACUAAGAGCUCCAAUGGUUUUCUUCCAUACUAAUCCCACUGGACGGAUCAUCAAUAGGUUUUCCAAGGAUUUAAGUGAUAUAGAUCGCAAUGUUGCAAAUUUUGCAAAUGCAUUUUUGGGACAACUGUUUCAGCUCCUUUCAACCUUUAUUUUGAUCGGAAUUGUGAGCACAAUAUCUCUCUGGGCCAUCAUGCCACUUCUGAUAUUGUUUUAUGCGGCUUAUCUAUACUAUCAGAGCACAUCUUGUGAAGUGAAACGCUUGGAUUCCAUUACAAGGUCUCCUGUUUAUGCACAAUUUGGGGAAGCAUUAAAUGGUUUGUCAAGCAUUCGUGCAUACAAGGCAUAUGAUAGGAUGGCCAACAUUAAUGGACGGUCCAUGGACAAUAAUAUCAGAUUCACCCUUGCCAAUUUUAGUUCAAAUCGUUGGCUUUCCAUAAGACUGGAAACAUUAGGAGGCAUCAUGAUUUGGUUGACAGCAACCUUUGCUGUCUUGCAGAAUGGAAGAGCAGAAAACCGGGUAGAAUUUGCUUCUAAAAUGGGUCUUCUUCUCAGUUAUACCCUAAAUAUCACAAAUUGAUUAAGUGGUGUUCUGAGACAAGCAAGUAGAGCCGAAAAUAGUUUAAAUUCGGUUGAGCGUGUUGGUACCUAUAUUGAUUUGCAUUCUGAGGCUCCAGCUAUAAUCGAGAGCCAUCGUCCCCCACCAGCAUGGCCAUCAUCUGGAACAAUUAAGUUUGAGGAUGUUAUCCUUCGUUACAGGCCUGGCCUUCCUCCAGUAUUGCAUGGGUUGUCCUUUAAUAUUUCUUCAAGUGAAAAGGUUGGAAUAGUUGGAAGAACUGGUGCUGGGAAAUCUAGCAUGAUUAAUGCCUUAUUUCGAAUUGUUGAAAUGGAAAAAGGAAGAAUCUUGAUAGAUGGUUGUGACAUUUCUAAGUUUGGAUUGACAGAUUUGCGAAAAGUUCUAAGCAUCAUACCACAGUCACCUGUUCUUUUCUCAGGAACUGUACGAUUUAAUCUUGACCCUUUCUGUGAACAUAAUGAUGCUGACCUCUGGGAGGCCUUAGAGAGAGCACAUCUAAAAGAUGCUAUUAGAGGAAAUCCAUUUGGUCUGGACGCUGAGGUCUUGGAGGGAGGGGAGAAUUUUAGUGUUGGACAGAGGCAGUUAAUAAGUCUUGCCAGAGCACUGCUACGGAGAUCAAAGAUUCUUGUUCUUGAUGAAGCGACUUCAGCUGUUGAUGUUGGAACUGAUGCUCUUAUUCAGAAAACUAUUCGUGAAGAAUUCAAAUCAUGCACAAUGCUGAUUAUUGCUCACAGGUUAAAUACCAUAAUCGACAGUGAUCGAAUUCUUGUUCUUGAUGCUGGUCAGGUUUUAGAGUAUGAUUCCCCAGAAAAACUGUUGUCAAAUGAAAAGAGUGCAUUCUCUAGGAUGGUUCAAAGUACAGGGCCUGCAAAUGCUCACUACUUAUACAGCUUAGUGCUAGAUGCUCAACAGAAUAAGACUGGCAGACAAGAAACCAGGGAAAUGGUUGGCCAGAGGACAUGGCCAGCCAACUCCAGUUGGACCGCUGCUGCUCAGCUUGCCCUUGCUGUUACUCUUUCUUCUUCACGGAAUGACCUUCAAAAUCCAGAUAUUGAAGACAGGAACAAUAUCCUCGUGAGAACGAAGGAUGCUGUUAUAACACUGCAGGGGGUUUUGGAGGGGAAACAUGACAAAGAUAUAGAUAUCACAUUGGAUGAUUUCCAGGUUCCAAGAGAUAGGUGGUGGUCAGCUCUUUACAGAAUAGUUGAAGGUCUAGCUGUAAUGGGCAGGCUUUCUCACAACAGGCUUCAUCAAUCAGAAUAUUAUGACAAUGAAGAUGGAUCCAUUGAUUGGGAGCAUCUUGUAAAUACAGAGGAAUAAGAACCAGCUUGUUAUUUCCAAAUGGAGGGCAGAAAAAUUGUAAAAUAUCCAGGGACUAAAAUAAUGCGUUAACCCUAAGAAUAGUAUAUUUCAUUCAUAUUUAAACAAUCAAUUUAAUUCUUAAAGAAUUCUGUUCUUCAAAAACGUGCAAUUUCAGUCCAUUUGUAGAAGAAGAGGAAGAGAAGAGAAGAGAAGAGAAAAGAAGGGCAUUUGACAGAAGCAAACACAGUGGGAAAAUUUUGUGUUUUGCCAAAUAGUUCAUGUUCAUGUAGGUAUGAAUAUUACAUAUCUAAUUUUAUAAUAUAUUAAAUUGAUACGCUGUUACUUUAA